CUGUGCAUGAUGUGUGGAGGGUUUGCUCUCGCCGUGCAGAGAAGGGUUGAUGCUUGAUACGAGUUACGACCUACAUCCCCAACAUUUCGUUGUUUGUAAAGGCCCUUCAACCCAACCUCCAGAUCCAGUGCGGCCAUAUCUUCGUCAUUUGCCUUCCUCAACCUUCUCUAACACUCAUUCGUUAUAAUCUGAACGUUCAAAAUCCUUUUAUGUUUGUUGCUUACCUCCCGAGCAAGCGACCAUUCGGGUUGAAAUAUCUCAUCUAACCGGCCGCUAGCAAUCAUGUCGCAAGCAGUGUCCGCCUCCACAGAAGUCAAUAUCAUUCCCCUUGCCCAAGGUGGUGUCAUUCUGGUCACAGUCAGUGUUGUGAUAACGGUGCUUGCGACAAUAUGGACGGGACUUCGGAUUUACGCUCGUCGUCUACGAAAGAUUGACAUCCAACUGGAGGAUUGGAUGAUCCUCGUCGCUUUGGCUAUGCUUUAUGUUGAAGCAGGAUUCAUCAUUCCAAUGACUCUGUUGGGAGGCAUUGGACGUCAUAUAUCAGAGGUGCCGCUGCAGAACAUAACUUAUAUGUUCAAAUUAUCCUAUGGGAUGCAAUUCUCUUACGGUAUUGGACUGGGCCUUGUCAAAUGCAGUCUGUGCCUUACGAUCGCUCGAAUCUUCUUCGUCAAGCCGGUCAAGAUUGCCGCCUAUACCGCAGCAGGCUUUGCAGUUGCAUGGACUCUUGCGGUUAUUCUAAACAGCUUGCUCAUCUGCCGACCGAUUUCCAUGUUCUGGGAUCCCACGACAGCUGGUGGUAAAUGCGGAGACCAGAACGCCGCAUUUGCAGCCGUCGGCAUCAUGGAUGUUAUCGUGGACGUUUUCAUCUUUAUCAUUCCGUUGCCAAUGAUCUUUAAGUUGCAGAUACCAUUGUCCAAUCGCAUCGCGCUUGUGAUGGUAUUUGCAUUGGGGGUUAGCACUAUCGUUGUUGGUAUCAUAAGAACCGUAAAGGUUGUUACGAUGGAUUUCCUUGACCCCACUUACAGCGGAAUGGUUCCCGAUCUCCUGACAAUCUUGGAAUUGGGCGUCGCAAUCAUCGUUUCCAGCAGCACCAUUCUACGCCCCGUCUUCGACCAAAUGUUCCAUUCGAUCGCGUCUAUCAGCAGUAGCGCCAACAAAUCCGAAGAUCAAAGCCGAAGCCGAGGACUCUCAGGCGCGAUGAGGGAACAAACUCCAGUGGACAGGCGACAUCAAUGGCCUGAUGGGGGUUCGUUGGCAGAGCUCGAAGAUGAACCAAGGUUCCCUCACGGUAGAGCAACAGCAAUGGACGACCAUGCAUCCAAGGAAAAGAUAUUGGUUCCAAAUGCCAUCCCAUUUACGACAACGCAUAUCGAAUCGGUGAAGCGGUAUCGCUACGGCUAAUUCCGGGCAGCAGAAGGGUGCCGAUAGUUCGUCUUCGCAGACCCUUUGCCGGGCACGACCUCUUUGAGAGAAGUAUGAACGAACUUGAAUUUAGCGACGGUUAUCGAUACCAAUUUGGGAGGCGUUUUCAAAAACGGACUCGGCCGCAUCUUGGCGAAGUGAGACGUCGAAGCGUUCUCACAUUGGUAUUGACUAUGGUAUUAGCGACGGAUGUAAA